AUGGCGUCCGACAAGGCCCCUCUUCCUUUUGGCUACACCUUCGCGGCCGAUUUUGGUUAUGUACGUCUCGAAUCCCUAGCCGCCGGUGCCCAAAGUGGUCGCGUGCUCUUGCGAUUAGCUCCCUAUACUAAUAUAUAUUGUCACCACAGCCAACUUCAGACCGGCAAGCCCACCGCGGGUGUCGACCACUACAAUGGCAUGCUUGACUGCUUCAAGAAGAUUGUCAAGAAUGAGGGUCCCUCCCGCCUUUACCGCGGCAUCACUGCCCCCAUCUUGAUGGAGGCUCCCAAGCGUGCCACCAAGUUCGCCGCCAAUGACAGGUGGGGCAAGUUCUACCGCGACCUCUUCGGCCAGCAGCAGAUGACCCAGGGUCUUUCCGUCCUUACCGGUGCCUCCGCCGGUGCCACCGAGGCCUUCAUCGUCGUCCCCUUCGAGCUCGUCAAGAUCCGCCUCCAAGACAAGGCCUCGGCCGGCAAGUACAACGGCGCGGUCGACGUGGUCGUCAAGACAGUCCGAAACGAGGGCCUCCUCGCCAUGUACAACGGUCUCGAGUCGACCCUCUGGCGCCACAUCCUCUGGAACGCCGGUUACUUUGGCUGCAUCUUCCAGGUCCGCCAGCUCAUCCCCAAGGCCGAGACCAAGAAGGGCCAGACCAUCAAUGACAUCAUUGCGGGUACCAUUGGUGGUACUGUCGGUACCAUCUUCAACACCCCCAUGGACGUCGUCAAGAGCCGUAUCCAGAACACCAUCAAGGUGCCCGGCCAGGUGCCCAAGUACAACUGGGCCUUCCCCGCCGUCCUGACCGUCUUCAAGGAGGAGGGCUUCGGCGCCCUCUACAAGGGUUUCAUCCCCAAGGUCCUCAGACUCGGCCCUGGUGGUGGUAUCCUCCUGGUUGUUUACACCGGUGUUAUGGAUAUGUUCCGCAAGAUGAGAGACGAGCGCCUUGGAAAGCAGCUCUAA